UCAGUAGAUAACCUCACAUGUUGUCCACAUAUGAUAUCCUAAUAAUAACAGUAUUUAAAUAUGAACGUAUAUUAAUAAAGAUGGGAAUAAAGUUAAUAUGUUAAUAUUUUGUUGUUAUGUGAAUAUUAGAAGUAGGUAAAAUGGAAAAAAUGAAUGAAGAAAUAACAGAUUUUGUAGAAAAUGAUGAUUUUUAUAAGAAGUACAUAUAUCCCGAGGAAAAAAGUGAUUUUCCAGAAACCUUGACAAUUGCAGAACAGGUAAAGAAACUGGGCGAAGGAAUAGAGCUUUUAAACCGAGAAUUGCAAAAACAAGUAUGUGAAAAUUAUGAUGAUCUUAUCCGUCAAGCUAAUCAUGCAAAUAAAUUGGAAGCCGUUUUAAAUACAAUGAGUGAACAUGUACAAAAUUUGUUUGGAAAUGCAGAUAGAAUUAAGGCCCAAAUUGAGGGGCCAUAUCAUAAUCUAGAAACCCAUACUCUUAUUUUAGAAAAAUUACACUUAGCUAGUCAUAUUCUUCGUCAAGUUAGUAGGAUACAGCAAUUAAGUAAAAGACUAUCAACUAUAAAUGAUCCUAUUCAAAAAGCAACAAUAUUGCAGGAUCUGGAGCAACUUGCAUCUGAUCCUGAAUUAACCAACAUUGAUGCUGUAACAAAUGAAUUGCGAAAUAUUCGUACCCAACAACAAAAAAUUGUCCGCUUGGCAAACAUUUCCUUAACUCAGGGAAUUGCCAAUGAAAACAUGACCCAAUCAGCUACUGCACUACAGAUAUUUAUCAAUCUUGGCACAGUUAAAGGUGUAAUUCAGAAUACUUUAGAUAUUUGUCUGCAUGAAUGUAGAGAAAGUUUAAAGACAUCAUUUGAUAUAAAUGUGGGUUCAUCUAUAGUACAUAAAAGCUCUGGAGGUCCAGGAAAAGCCUCUGUAGGUUCAUCACAAGGCUUUCGUAAUAAGGUUUGGGUUGAUCUCGAAAAAGCAUUUGGAGAGGAAAUAUUUCAUCAGUGUAAUCAAGUAAAGUUCCUUCAGUCGGUGCUUGAUAAUAUCGAUAAAGACAGUAAAAAAGGCGUUAUUGCAGAAAAUUUUUGGAAGUCUUUUGCUGAAAUUUUGUUACAGGAAAUAAAUUCUUCUUCACCAGCUGUAACACAAACUUUAGAAGUCGAUUAUCCGAAUUUUCUCAAGCUUUUGUGUGAUAUGAUUAAUAAACUGAAUUACAAGUAUUUUACUUUUAAUCGCAACAACCUGGAAAAAAUCGAAAACUCCUACUUAUCGAACAGUUUUUCUCGCAUGAUGGAACCUACACAAGCGGUAUUCACUCAAGAGAGUAGUAUUCCGUCACAUGAUCAAAUUGACUCAAUUUUAAGAACGAUUUCUAACGAAAUAAGCGUAGCAUUAAUAGAUGAAGUUCUAACUGAAAAAAUUGUGAAAAACGUUUCCAAAUGUAUUCGUAUGUUUUGCGUAAAAACAGAACAACAAGUGGCGGUUGGUCCGGAAGCAGCUCAAGUCCUAGCUGGUACUCCAAACUCUGCUCAACAACUAAAUAUAAACUUGGCUAAUACACUUUUUUACUUGCAAAACCAAGUUCAAAGAAUGUUGGCUAAUAUGAAAGACACUUUACCUAAAAGUUGUGUGCAAAUAAUUGAUGACAGUUUAAAAUCAAUACAUGGAUUGACAUCAUCAAUAUUACAACCACUUAUAAUUUCUAUAAAUGUCACAAUAGAAAAAAUUAUAGUAACCAUACAUCAAGAGCCGGACUGGAACAGAAUACAAAUCCCUACUCACAAAAUCGCAAUAUCUUGUAGUCCAUACAUGAGAGAACUUACAGAAUUUGUAGGGAGGGUCUUUAAUACAUACUUGGUUCCUUUUGAAAACAAAGAAGUGUUAACCAACAAAUGCAGUGAGAUAACUAUUAGAUGUAUAGAACUUUUAGUGCAACAUACAUCAAUAUUAAGGCCUAUUUCUCAAGGAGGACGAUUAAGACUUCAAGCAGACUUUAAUUACUUAGAGAAUACAUUGAGAACAUUAUGUCCAUUUAUAACUGAUUUAGGAAGACCCUACAGGCUUUUUAAAUCAAUGGCAACAUUAAUAGCCCUCUCCCCUAAAGAAAUAGUAGCCAGUCAAGUGUCUGGUAGUUCUGUACCACAUAGUACUGUACUUCUUUUGCUAUUCUCUUAUGCAGAACCUGAACUGGCCAGUCCUCACCAAAAUAUGGGAUGGUCAAUUACCGAAUUUACUUCUUGGUUAGAUAAACAUACAUUGGAAUCAGAUAGAUUGGAUUUAAUUGCUGGAGCUUUACAAAGAUACGAAAAUGUGAUUUGUCAAAAGAAUUCGACUAAUUUUGAUCCUGUUUAUCCAAUAAUGUCAGAGUUUUUAGCCGUAGCAUUAAAGAAGUGAAUUAUGCAA